CAGUCCCGAAUGCAGGUCCAUCAUUCGAGAUAUCCGACACCGGCAAAAUGCCUUCACUGCGAUCAAUUGUGUCGCUCGCAGCUGCGGAGCGACAGGCUGUGCUUGUUCAAUGGCAGCGUAGCGGGCAAUGUGUGCGAUGCUUCCACGUUUCGCAUCGCGCCGAAGCUGGUGCACAAGGUACUACCACAGAUAGGCCACGCCAGCGUCGUCUCACCAAAAUCUCGGAGGAAGUCUCUAAAGUCAGCGACUCGAUGGAGCAGCACACCGAUAAACGCUCAUCAGCAGUCUCCUCCGAGGUGGUGGGGACGCGAGCGCGAGUUAUGCGAUCGGACAAAGACAUGGAGGAUCGUCCAAGUCAGCUUCGUCCGCGAGAAGAUGAACGGGAUGCACCAAAGAAACGAAGGGCGAAGACACUUAAACCGCCUCGUGAUCUCAAGACGGCUGUGAGAAAUCAGUUACGGAGCGACGGUAUACCCUACACACCGGAAGCACUGACAGAGAAAGAGUUGCUACAAGCAGGAUAUGGUACUGCAACGCCUGUCGGAAAAAACUUCGCUGGCCUUUACGCGGAUCGAUUAGCCAUGGUCGAUCCUUCAUUCGCAGCACCUUCUCUUCGUAGCGAGGCGCAAAUCACUCGUAAGAAGGUCUGUGGCCAAGCUUUGAUGACCGUGCCAAAAGCGAAUCAGUGGAAAGACGGUGUGCCAAAGGCCAAGGAAGCAACGCGCAAUGAGUUGGUGUCUCGUCUUGUGAAAGGAAAUAUUUGGGACGAGAGCAAUUUGUCAGGAGAAACGAAGAAGGAAUGGAUCGGAAAGGCACCUUGGCUGGAUACAACGCUGAAGUCUUUGAUCAUGAACGGGUCAUACACUAAGCGGGACGUGGAGGAUUUCAAAGAUCGAAUUCUCAAACUUCUACCAGGAUCGCCCGCAACCGCGAAACCGACAUCGAAGGCUGCUCCUGCGACGGCUUAAAGAAUUUAGAACACUGGAGUGACGCUGUCUUGCUGUGCCGCCAAGACUUUCCUCACCACAUCCAGUGGCGUCUCUGAAGCGACUCCCAGCAACUCCGAAUCAGUCUCCUCCCUAGACCUAGCGACUUUCGAACGUCCACUUUUGUCGUCAUACAAUUGCGCAACGACAAGAUCCAAGAUCCAUCCUGUUGUGCCCGCUUCACGUUUCGCCCUUCCGGUUUGCAACAGAGUUUGUGUGGUAUUGUGUUGGACACUCCACUUUGCUCCUUCUGCCUGCUCAAAUGCCGCCAAGAGUUCGUUCUGAGAAGCCAAAAUCGAGAAAACCUUGACGAAACGAUUCGCUGUCUGCUCCGGGUUGCGGAGGACACCGAUCACCGCCUGAGCGAUCCCUGCGAGGGUCGUACCUGUAAACUUUUCUGUGCCAUCAUCAUAGAUGAUUGCUGUGCGCUUGGCCACGUCGAAACCCAUCAGAGGGAAUACUUUUAUCGC